GUUCAUUUUGUGUGACCUACAACCAUGAGAGUAGUACUGAGAUAUUUACUUUAUGGGCUACUUUGGAGUGGAUUCGACUUGCGUCAGAGCACAGCGGAUUAUCGGACCACCGUCACCUCAACAAGCUACGGUCGAGUCAAGGGCGUAGUUGUGGGCGAUGGAUCGGAAAGGCUCUAUAAAUAUACUGGUAUACCCUUCGCAAAACCACCGACAGGUGAGCCUAUUCCAUCAUAGUAUAGGAUAUUGAUGCAUGACUUUAGUUAUUAUAAUCUUUUCAUGUUUGGCAAUUUUAAAGACAAUUUUAAGGCUAUAAGGGUAGAACCCUUGAAAUAAGCCUGGAUUAUACUUACGGCAGUUUUAAAUACUUUGAGCUAACAUUACUACAGGUUCUGAUUAUAUAGAUAACUGAAAGUAGGUAUCAGCUCUUCAUAUUAGAAUUUAAAUUUGGCGGAUCCCAGAUUCCCGAACAUGUAGGCAUAUUCUGGGAAAUUUUAAAUCGAACUACUAAGACAUGUAGGGGAUUGGACCAUUCGCCGCCACCACUCCAAUGCCGCCACUUUUCCGCCCCAACUUCACCACCAUUACUUCGCCGCCGCCAUUUCGUCACCACAGUCUCACCGCCAUGACAUUUCGCCACCAUAGUUUCACAGCCAUGACAUUUCGCCACCACAGUUUCACAGCCAUGACAUUUCGCCACCACAGUUUCACCGCCAUGACAUUUCGCCACCACAGUUUCACAGCCAUGACAUUUCGCCACCACAGUUUCACCGCCAUGACAUUUCGCCGCCACAGUUUCACCACCAUGACAUUUCGCCACCACAGUUUCACCGCCAUGACAUUUCGCCACCACAGUUUCACCGCCAUGACAUUUCGCCGACAUAGUUCAUUAUUUCUAAACAAAAGAAUUAGAAAAGGGUUUGAGUCUAUUCAAAUGGUGUAACACAUUCUAGAGCGUAUACAGUAGAGCGUCGAUUUUCCAAACAUCAAUUUUCCAAAACGUUUGGUUAGCCGAACACCCCCCAUGUCUUUAUUUAAAAAAAAAAUAUUAUGGUAAGCAGGUGGCAUGAAUCAUUUGUGUAUAAUUAACGCUGGAAGACGACUCUCCCUUCUGUCGAACAAUUCUACUUCUCAUACAUAGGGUGAGCCAUAUAAAACCGGUAUGUCUCUGAGUGAUCGGAAGUGGUAUGCAGUCGCAAUCGUCUGCUUACAGCGAUAUCCGUGCAAGAUAUUGCGCGCGCGUCUACCGGUUGUAUGAGGCUCACGCUGUUUUCGCAAGAGUUCGAUGACACAAGUGUGAACAAUUAGGCACUUGAUGUGUUUGUUGAUUUUUACAGUGGAUGUGUGCUCUGGUCAUCCAAUCACAAAGUAGGACACGACCCCGCCACACCGCGAUUAUUGUAGUUUAAAAAAAAAAAAAAAAAAAAAAAGACGAAUCGCGUACUCGUAUGAUGACGUUAAUAAUAGGUUUUAAAAUAUUCCAUGUGAAUAGCGAUGUAAUUAACAUUGUAAAUUAGACUAGUUAUUUUUUUUUGUCAAUAUUUUUGUAAUGAAUGUGUAGAUCUCUAGUGAGUUGUGAGUUGCUGGUGUUGGACACAUAAUCGAAUGUGUGACGGUGUUGUAAGAAACUAUGUUUGUGUUCUCCCUUUUUCCACGCGGAAAAAAAUAAAAUAAAGUGCCAAUGAAUUUACGGGAGCCACGAUGUAUCCAACAAUGUGUCACAGGGGGGUCUCUUUAUAGCAGGUUUCUUUAUAGCUGGUAUCUUUAUAGCGGGUUUCUUUAUAGAGGGUUUCUUUAUAGCGGGUCUCUUUAUAGCGGGUCUCUUUAUAGCGGGUCUCUUUAUAGCGGGGCUCUUUAUAGCGGGUUUCAUUAAAGUGAGGCUCUUUAUAGCUGGUCUCUUUAUAGCGGGUUUCUUUAUAGAGGGUUUCUUUAUAGCGGGUCUCUUUAUAGCGGGUCUCUUUAUAGCGGGGCUCUUUAUAGCGGGUUUCGUUAAAGUGAGGCUCUUUAUAGCGCGUCUCUUUAUAGUAGGGCUCAUAUUAGCGGGGUAUUUCAAUCUUGGUUAUAUUUUUAAAGAAGCGAAAAUAGAAGGAAACAAAUAGCAUAAAUUUGACUUAUAAAUAAAUAAUUAUCUGUCACAGCCACACCCCCUCCCCCCCCCCUUUUUCCCCAACCCAGUCUCGUGUUUGAAUUUUUUCAUAAAGGCUUGUGUCCGGGUGCAUUUGUCUUAUUUGGGAAACUACAAGUGUAAAAAAUAAAAACAAGAAAAAACAUGGUUAUUCCAAAAAAUCCAUAGGGGACCUUAUACGGAACUAACAAAACAACCCACAAACAAAUUUAGACCUUUGCAAAAAUACUUAGAUUUUCUUGAAACUUCAACAUAUUUAAGUCACGUCUGUAAACAUUUCUUUAUCAUCGUCGGCGAAAUAAAUGUGUCUGUCUUUUGCAGGGGAGCUUCGUUUCAAACCCCCACAGCCGCCUGAAGCAUGGAACACAACUUUAGAUGCCACCACCACCCCUCCAGACUGUCCACAGUAUAUUCCGUCGGAGCUACAGCAAAUAUUGCACAUCAGAAUGAACCUAAGCGAAGACUGCCUCUAUCUAAACGUGUACACGCCGAGCGUAGCCGACGGAGCAAUGUCACUUCCCGUCAUGGUGUGGAUUUACGGUGGGGCUUUCGUUGGGGGCAGUAGCUCCACCUAUGACGGUUCGACCUUAGCGCGUAAGGGGGUUGUAGUUGUGACACUCAACUAUAGAAUAGACGCCCUUGGAUUUUUGAGUACUGAAGAUGACGCACUUCCUGGGAACUAUGGCCUCCUUGAUCAGAUCUCCGCGUUAAGGUGGACACAAAAGAACGUCGGGAGUUUUGGGGGCGAUCCGGGACGUGUUACCCUUUUUGGGGAGAGUGCUGGCGCGUGCAGUGUUUCUCUUCUGAGCGUUUCGCCCCUAGCGAAGGGCCUUUUCCACAGGGCCAUAAUCCAAAGCGGCUCACUGUUGACCCCGUGGGCGGUCACCUAUCCAUCCACCAGCGUGGCUCCUAGAAAACUGGCUGAGCUCAUCGGGGCCAAGGUCAACUGCACCCUCGAAGACUCAACUCAGUUUGUAGCGUGUCUUCGAGGGGUGAAGUUUAUGGAUCUGUUGGACGCAAGCACAGAAGUGCAAGAGGUGCAGCCGUUUCGAAUGGUUCUUCUACCGCGAAUAGAGCGGACCUUCGGCGUCAUACCCGACCUGCCUCGGAAGCUUCUCGCCCUUGGCGGAUUUGAACACAUCGACACAAUUCGAGGGUUCAACAACAACGAAGCCGUGGCGCUGAAACAAAAUCUCUCUGCGUGGAUGACAAAAGAUGAAUUCAAGAAUGUUAUCAAAUCUAAACUUGCACGUUUCACGUUUAGAGACCUCGACGGGGUCGUCCGGCUUUUCGAAGACGUCUACCUGGGGCACAUCAGCGAUCCUGCUCUCACCCUCGAGCAAGCCUCGGCGGCAUUGACUGAUUUUUCCUUUGCCGCCCCGACUUUGAUUGAAGCUAAAAUGGCUUCUGAAAUAUCUCCAGACAGGAAACACUACGUGUAUGAUUAUAACUACCGAAGCAGCAUUAGUGAUUUGCCGCCCUGGGCGACCGCCCAACACGCCGACGAGGUGCCAUUUGUGUUCGGCAGCUUUGCUCUCCCGCUGUGGCGCGGCGUACACGCCCCCUCGCAGGAAGACGUUCGGGUAUCGGAGCAGCUGAUGACGUUGUGGACAAACUUCGCAAAGACCGGGGAUCCGACGGUGACCACUCCGGCGGGUGCGGUUGAAUGGAGGCCGUCCAGCAGCUCGCAGCCCAGGAUGUUGAUGAUAAAUAAAGUCUCAGAGCUGACCGGAAGCGGGCGCCAGGAAGCAGUCGAACUCUACGGCAAGCUCCUUCCUCUUAUAGAAACGAGUCCAGUCGGUGUUGUUGUAGGGAAGUGACGUUACACUUGACGGAAGGGACAUCGUACUGGAGUGGGGGAUACUUAAGAGAUAUGUUGUACUUGAUAGUGUAAAUAACAAAAACUUGGUAAUCUUGCCAGCAAAACAAACCCCCACAAAUUAUUCCCCGAGAUCUGCUGACACGUGCAUGCAGGUGAUUAGAAGAGUAAAAUUACGUUUUGAAAUAUUCUUAGAAUAUGUCAUGCGCUAUGUUUGUUUCGGUUUAUUUGUUGUUUUUUUUUCCUAAUCGAAAGUGGCCCUGCCUUUCAGAUUAUGGAUAGAUCUAUGUUCUCUACAUAAAUGUUAAAAAAACUUAUUUAGAUAUAUGUUCAAAUCUGGCCUAAAUUUGAACACCCGUCUAUCGUUGUAAUAAAUGACAUACAUUUUAAUUGAAGCACAUAACAAAAAAGUUUAAACCUAAAAACUUCAAAACUUCUUCAAAUGGUGAAUCAGGCGGACCCAGCUUUGGGUGAGGUUGCAUCUUGACAUGCAACCUGUUAUUGUAUAUUGCCUUUAAAAUAAAUAAUAAUACCUGAUAGUGAUGCAUUAUCCCAUGUUAAAAUUGUGACCGUUUCCCUUGUCGGCUUUGGCGACUCCCCCGUAAGAGUCUCGUAUCCACAAUUACAUUUCACUAAAGUGUUAGAAAUUGCGUUAUUGAAAAAACAUGUCAGCUUUACUGGCUUCCCGUAAUAGUCAUGAAUCAGCUACUUCAUUUAAAUACAGCGUUCCAUAUCGCGUUAUUGAUAAAAAAAAAAAGAAGAAAAAAAAGCUCAUAUCAUCAUUUUCCUUAACGAUAAGGACAACAUCUUAUUGAAAUAGGUUUUUCCAGUAACUGGGAUAAUUUUACCCAGGAGAUCUUGGAAAUAUAAAACGAAUUAAAGCAUAAUGGGGUAGUGCUAUCGACUGGGGACACACAUGUUAACCUCGAGAGUUCAGUCAUGCCGUGGUACAAGUUUUUAUUCACAGCCGAUGCUUGAGUUUUCCUCCCAAGUUCAAUGAAGUAUUGACUACUUGUAGGGAAACACAUGCUCGCUUACGAGAGCGAGACCAGCUUCCUAAACUGUUCGUGCUCUCCUUAUACUUGUUUAUUGGUUUUCUUAGGCGCUGGGAGCAAUUUGGGAUUCGUUGAGAGGUUCUUAAACGGGUCUCUUUAAACACAGCUAACGUUAAGUACAUGGCAGUGAAAAGUAAUUUGACGCCAUCAGUGGGGAGUUGUCAGUUUGAUUCAAGCUGCGUAUUGAAAGAUGGCAUUUUAAAAAAAGGAGUAAUUUGAUUUUCUUGAACGGGAUGUCGAAUCUCAUGUAAAACUGUACAGAAUGAUUGGGAGACAACCAUGUGUAGUCGUGUGGCGAGUGGUUGGUGGGUUGGUGGCAAUGCAGUUUCACAUUCAUUUCACAAAACCAAGGAAAGCAGGUCUUGUUAACCAUUGCUUGAAUUGUUGUAAGAGUAUGGGUGAAUGCAGAGAAAUUGAAGCAAAGGUGAAGGACAAUAUCUGAAAAGAGGCAUAUAAAUAUACAAUUUAUUUAAAGUGAGAAACGUUUAAUUAUACAUAGCAAGCCAUAAACAUGUUGGAUAUGUCUGGAUUUACAGGUUAUACAAAGCAUAGCAAUCAUUCAAUAAACAUGGAUAAC